AUGGCGACUCAAGGUCAGGUUCUCACAUGCAAAGCUGCGGUGGCUUACGAGCCGAACAAACCACUGGUCAUCGAAGAUGUUCAGGUGGCUCCGCCUCAGGCUGGUGAGGUUCGGAUCAAGAUCCUUUACACUGCUCUUUGUCACACCGACGCUUACACUUGGAGCGGCAAGGAUCCUGAAGGUCUUUUCCCGUGUAUUCUCGGUCAUGAAGCUGCUGGGAUUGUUGAGAGUGUUGGUGAAGGAGUAAAAGAUGUUCAACCUGGAGACCAUGUUAUUCCUUGUUAUCAAGCUGAGUGUCGUGAAUGCAAGUUCUGCAAAUCGGGAAAGACUAACCUCUGUGGGAAAGUUCGAUCUGCUACUGGUGUUGGGGUUAUGAUGAAUGACCGUAAGAGCCGGUUUUCGGUUAAUGGAAAACCGAUCUAUCACUUCAUGGGUACUUCGACGUUUAGUCAGUAUACUGUUGUUCAUGAUGUUAGUGUGGCGAAAAUUGAUCCUAAGGCUCCUUUGGAUAAAGUGUGUCUUCUUGGAUGUGGUGUUCCCACUGGCCUUGGAGCAGUUUGGAAUACUGCAAAAGUAGAGCCAGGGUCAAAUGUUGCAAUUUUUGGACUUGGAACUGUGGGACUUGCUGUUGCCGAGGGUGCGAAAACAGCUGGUGCUUCAAGGAUCAUUGGCAUUGAUAUCGAUAGCAACAAGUAUGAAACUGCAAAGAAGUUUGGUGUUAAUGAAUUUGUGAACCCGAAGGAGCAUAACAAGCCAAUUCAGGAAGUGAUCGUUGAUCUCACUGAUGGCGGUGUUGACUACAGCUUUGAAUGCAUUGGGAAUGUCUCGGUGAUGAGAGCCGCAUUGGAGUGUUGUCACAAGGGAUGGGGAACUUCGGUUAUAGUGGGAGUUGCAGCAUCAGGACAAGAGAUUGCAACCCGACCGUUCCAACUUGUGACUGGCCGUGUGUGGAAAGGAACAGCAUUUGGUGGUUUCAAGAGUCGAACUCAAGUGCCUUGGCUUGUAGAGAAGUACAUGAACAAGGAGAUCAAAGUGGAUGAAUACAUAACACACAACUUGACCUUGGGAGAGAUUAACGAAGCUUUUCAUCUGUUGCACGGAGGUAGUUGCCUUCGUUGUGUCCUCAGUUGCGAAUGA